AUCCACACAUGCGGCCGCCGCCGCCGCCGCCGAGGACGAGGAGGGGAGGAGGAGAGUUGGGCGCCGCCCUCGCCGCUUCUUGUGGUGCGGCCGCGUCACGGGGCAUCGCCGUCGUCGCGGGGGGCCCCGGGGCAUACUCCCCGUGAGUCGUUCCUGAUCGCCGGUGGUUGAGGGGUGGAGACAGUUGGGCUGUGGCGGGGCGGGCGGCGGGAGGGGGAUGGCGCCCGCGAGGAAGAAGCGCGCUGCGGCUGCCGCCGCCGCCGCGGCGGCGGCGGCGGCGGCGGCGGCGGCGCAGUGGAAGGUGGGGGACCUUGUGCUCGCCAAGAUGAAGGGCUUCCCGGCGUGGCCGGCCAUGGGCUUGGAUGGUCUUGGGAUUUUAGGUAUGAUUUGGGUGAUGUCAUGCUACCUGCACUAUGUUUGGAACUUUGAGUAUGCCAUGAAGAUAAGUGAGCCAGAGCAGUGGGGCCUGACUUCCGUUAAAAAGAAGCUGCUGGUGUACUUCUAUGGAACUAAACAGAUCGCUUUCUGCAACUAUGCAGAUCUUGAAGCAUUCACUGAAGAGAAACGGAGGUCUCUACUCUCUAAGCGACAGGGCAAAGGAUCUGAUUUUGUGAGGGCAGUUGAUGAGAUAAUAGAUGCUUAUGAUUCUUUGAAGGAAGGUAAUAAUAAGCUUGGUUUGGCUACCAAUGAAGUGAAGCCAGGUGUAAAAAACCUUGCUAAUAAUAAUAGCAGCGUGGAUACGGAAGGUCUAUUAAAUAGCUCUAAUAUGGGCAGUGAUAAAAAGCAAGAAGACCAUUCCAUCGUUGCAAGUGGUCAUAACACGGUCGAUUCUGAUGAGCCUUCUGUCACUGCAGUUGGAAGUGAGCGAUGUGUUGUAAAUUCUGCUCCUGAUGAUCCUACUGAAAAUGUGUCCAUCCUUGAUGAAAUGAGAAAUAUCCCUUUGUCUACCAGUUCAAUUUCAAAGAAGCUAAGGGAUGCACAGCCUCAGAAUUGCUAUACGCGGAGUAGGGUUUCAUCACUACGGAGGUCAAGAAGUUCACUAAACACUGAUACCAGAAAAGCUCAGGAUGCUGGCAAGCUUUCAGGUGGAACCAGUUUGGCUUCAGUUGGUUUGGCUGUUGAUGGCAACAAGGAAGGUUCCACUCAUCAUGUGUAUGUUGAGGAUGUAAAAGGUAACUCAGGUUCCCCUUCAACACAGGAUGAUGUUUGUUUGCAUUCAAAUGCGGGCAUCGACAAUCAACCUGGCACACCUGGCACUAGUAACAACAAUAAAAGGUUGAAUACUGUGGUCGAUAGUACCUGUGACAGUGAAGCAUCUCAAAAUGGAGCUUCAGAGACAGAAUUUAAAUCUCAUGAGACUUCAAGUAUUCCCAUGAAAAAAUCGGUUAUUUUCAAGAGAAAGAGAAAGCCAAAUAGAAAGCAAUUUUCUCAUUCUACAGACAAGGAUGGAGAAUUUCAGGCUGAGUUAAGUGAAAAUACUGCAGAUUCUCCAAAUCCAAAGACCGAAGUAAAUAAGUCAGAUGGAGAUGAGCACUUGCCAUUGGUCAAAAGGGCAAGGGUUCGAAUGGGAAGGCCUCAGUUGGAAGAUUCACCGGUUGAUAAGAUUGAUGCUACUAAUAACAGACGAGAGCUUGCUAUGCUUCAAGAUCGAUGUAAUAUGCAUAACACAGUUACACUACCUGGUGAUGAUUGCUCCGCUGAGCAGUCAGCAGUGGUAAAUAGCGUUUCCUUGCAAGGAAGAGUUGCAAAUACUGUUUCGAAGCCAUCAUCAUCCAAGCUAUACAUGCCUGGUCCAUCAAAUGAAGGUCAGUCUGCUUGGAAGAAUAAAGAAUAUCAACCAAAGGUUUUAACGUUGGAUGUUGAAGCUGCUUUGCCUCCAUCAAAACGUCUUCAUCGUGCCUUAGAAGCUAUGUCUGCUAAUGUUGCUGAAACUAAUAAUCUGCCUGAAGUGACAGGGUCAAAGCAAUUGAUUCCAAAUGGCUGCGUGGCUUCAGAAAACAGGCACUCUAAUAAAUCUUCAGACACAGUAGUCACAACCACUAAUGGAUCUGCAAUAGCAGAAAGCUCUAGACCAUCUUUGUGCACAGAAUCCAUGCAUAGCCCAAAGUGCAAAACACAACACUCAGAAUCAAUUUUGCAAAAUAACAGUCUUCCUGCUUCUGCUUCUGUUCCUUCAGAAGCAAAAGAUGAUGAAAGUCAUAUUGUUACAAAAGACAAUAUUUGUGAAGAAACUCACGUUGAUAGCAAAACUUCUGAUUGUUUGUUGGUCUCUAAUGAAGUUGUGAAUGAUGGCUGCGGGAAAGGUUCAGCUCUUUCAACGAAGUUGAAUGAGUCUGCUCUCGGUGGUUCACAGACCAUAGCUGUUCCUGAUCGUUUAUCUUCAUCUUUAGGGACAACUAGUGUUAAUGAGGUUGCCAAACCAAUCAACUGCAAUGAAGGCCCAAAACCAGUUGACUGUCCUGCAUAUGAUACUGACAGAAGUGUUCAGAGAUGUGAUGAGCCAAUUUACCAAUCGAAGUUGCCUUCUUCUGAUAAUAAUGUGAUCGGUGAUUCUGUACCCAAUAAUGAAACUGUUUUAGCUGAACCAGUAGUCAAUGUGGCUGAUACAGCAAGCACCUCUUCGCUGGCCACUAAAUCUUCCAGUAUACAAUCUGAUGCAGACACACGGACAUUUGAAGUGCACACCUUCUCAGCUUUGGCAUUAAAAGAACUGAAUCAUAGAAACCUAAAGGAUAAGAACACUUCUCCAGAUUCGAUGCCUAUGAAAGAACUUAUUGCUGUUGCACAAGCUAGAAGGUUCUCUCGGUCAACUUCUUUUCCAGAUACCUUUCUGAAUGCCAAGUAUAUUGCUGAGACAGUAGUUGAUGCACCUGCUUUCAACGAAGGAUCACAGAAGCAGCUGUCACCUUUGAAUCGGAUAAUCAGAUCCACCUCUACAAAUGAUAAUAUUCAUUCUAGAAGUCCUUUUGGUAGUCAGCAAUCGAAGAGCUUGAGCAAGUUAACAGGGCAUGAUGAGGCUAAUGCAGCACGAAAGGCUUUUGGAGCUUUUCUUGGUAUACUGACAAGAACAAAAGAAAAUAUAGCACGUGCAACACGUCUUGCAAUUGAGUGUGCCAAACAUGGCAUUGCCGGGGAGGCUAUUGAUAUUAUUGUUGAGCGCUUGGAGAAGGAGUCGAAUUUAUAUAAGAGGGUGGACCUUUUCUUUCUUGUGGAUUCAAUAACUCAAUACUCUCGCAACCAGAAAGGUGGAGCUGGAGAUGUGUACCCCUCUCUUAUCCAGGCAGUUCUACCUCGAUUACUUUAUGCUGCUGCACCUCCUGGAAAUUCAGCAUGGGAGAAUCGAAGGCAAUGUCUUAAGGUUUUGAAGCUUUGGCUUGAGAGGAAAACACUCCCAGAGUACAUUAUUCGCCACCAUAUUAGAGAACUUGAGGCUAUCAAUGAGGCAUCUUUUGGAAGUUCUCGCCGUCCUUCAAGGACAGAGAGAGCUUUAAAUGACCCAUUGCGUGACAAUGAAGGAAUGCUUGUUGAUGAGUAUGGCAGCAAUGCUGGUUUUCAACUACCAAACUUAAUUUCCACCAAAGUACUUGAAGAUGAUGAUGGAAGCUCCUCAGAGGAUAGAAGUUUUGAAGCUGUUACACCGGAACAUGAUACUCCAUGCACUACUGAGAAGGAAGAAUCACAAAUGCCAGCAGAAAAGCAUCAUCGUGUCCUUGAAGAAGUUGAUGGUGAGCUUGAGAUGGAGGAUGUAGCUCCACCAUCUGAAGUUGAAGCUAGCACUAGAUGUCGGCCAGAACAGAUUGACACUAAAUGCAGAACAUCUGACCGACAUACUUCAGAUAAUGGUCCGCCCCUCCCUGAUGAUAGGCCUCCAUCGCCUCCACCAUUGCCAUCAUCUCCUCCACCUGUUCCGCCACCACCACCUGCUCCAAUUACUCAGACUGCACAAUUGCAGCCAACUUUACCAAUGGCAUCUGAUCCGGUUGGUCCGCAUCCUCCAAGAGCUACCAAUAACAUUCAGACACAGCAGCCAAAUUCUAUUAUGGAACGCCCAGGCAGUAUGAAUCCUUCUGUAGCUGCAUUGCAGCAUCCACCAUUUUGCAACUCAGGCUAUGGGGGACAUCCAAAUCAGAUGCCACCUCCGCCACCUGUUGCACCACUCAAUCCACCUGGACCCCAUGGCAAUUUUCCUGCACCCCCUGCACCAUAUCAUGGGAAUAACUAUCAUCAACCCCCAAUGGCAUCGAUACCUAAUGAAGGAUAUCAUUUGCAACCACCACCCCCUCCGCCUCCUAUAAACCAAUACCCCUAUCGACCACCAGAACCUCAGCAACGACCAAGGCCUUGGGUUAAUAAUAGUUCAUCCUACCCUGAGAGAUACCGGUAUAAUGGACAUGAUCGAGAUCAUCACAGGCAUGAUAGAAGACAUCAUGGGCAUGAUAGACGACACCACUUUGACGAUGGAGGAUACCACUAUGAUGAUAGAGGGUAUCAUUACGAUGAUAGAGGAUAUCACUUUGAUGAUAGAGGACAUCAUUUUGAUGACAGAGGACGUUCCUUUGAUGAGAGAGCUAUUAGGGGACAAAUGCACCAUGAAGUCGCUGACAGGGGCAGAUUUCCUUUUCCUCCAGACCAUUUUGAAGCAUCGUCAGCAGCCCCAGUGAACUAUGGACGACCUUCAGAUCCUCCACCAGGUCCUUGCUCUGGGUGGUCAAUGCCUCCUAUGUCAUCUAAUUAUUCUCCCUCCAGACAUUCUAUGGAGCCUCCAGUUCCACACGUAGGAGCACAUGGUAGCUGGAGGCCAAGAUAACAUUUUUGCUAUAUGUGAGUGGGUUGAUGCUUUUGUCAGCUGGGCACCUGGAGAUGCUUUUGUCAAUGCUCUCUGAUUCUUCGGUUUCCUCCCAUGGAGCCUGGCACCAAGGACCCUCCAGAAAAGAGGGAGAUAAGUACAUGCCUCCUUGUAAAUAUGUAUCUUAGAAAUAGUUUCUUCUGCAUUUGUCAAUGCAGAAGCGGAAGGCAGACCGACGACCGUAGCGAGAGCUGUAUUGUAGGAAUAGGCUGUCACUAUAUCAACCAAUCUUUAGCCAUAGGUUGUAUUGCUACUUGCUAGCCUAACAAUGCUGUAUUUCUCUUCGGAGAAUCUCAUUGUUCAUGUCCAUUCAUGAAACCCUCCUGGUACCCUCUGACAAAUGCUACCCCAGAUGACAUACUGACACCGUACAUAAAUAACAAAUACAAAUCAUUUUGCCA